UAUAGUUUAGUUGUAAAGCGUAAUAGAGAGAAAUACAUGUAAAAAUAUAUAAAUUUUAAUUCAUCCAGUGGGCGUGUCCUUGCCGGCUUUUACAUACGCCAUGAUUGUGCCACAGGCGACAGAAGCAGCAAGUCAUCCUGACGGCGGUAAUUUCCUUUUCCAGCUCCUGGGCUGUACUUCUGCUCGACCGGAGCAAGGUGCAGUCUUAGUCGGCAGCGAGUGGAAGAAGUUGUGUGCUUGUGGCCGCGUUUCUUUGCCAUUUUACGCUUCCUGAAAGCAAAUUACAACACAUGGAUACUCCAAUUGUGAACAUGGAGGCGAAGAAGAUGUUGCUGAGCCACGCGAAGACCUUGAGGCUUCACACCGGGAAUUUGGUCAACAGAACUCGGCUGAAGAAGAAAUGUCCGUGCUCCCCCAGCGAAGAGCUUCAAGAGUGCAUUCAGGCUACGCUGAGCAGCUGGGUGUCCACGACGCAACCCCUCAUGGAGGACCUGCCAGACACGCUGGACUGCAACAUCCCCCAGGCCACAGACGCCAUCAUACCUGAGGAGAGGGAAGAGCUGAAGGUUUCAGCCAAACUCUUCCUGUUUGAGUCGGGUCAGUCGUCCAUCAGCGACGCCGUGGAGAUGGCCUGCCAGACGCUGGCCGUGUCCCAGCUGGACUCGGUGAUCAUCGCGCCGCGCGGCCUCCUGGGCGGUGACAGCCAAACCUUGGCUCCCCUUCAGCCGGUGUGGGAGGAGCUGGAGGCGCUCGUGCGCAGCCGGAAGAUCGCCGCCAUCGGCACCUCCGACCUGGACAAAGACCUGCUGGAGCAGCUCUACAACUGGGCUCAGGUCAAGCCCAGCAGCAACCAAGUGAACCUGGCAUCCUGCUGCGUAAUGCCCCCCGACCUGACCGCCUUCGCCAAGGAGUUCGACAUCCAGCUCCUGACGCACAACGACCCCACUGAGCUGAUAUCAGCCGCCACGUUCCAGGAGGCCAUGCGGGAGGGGACGCAGCAUCUCAGCGUGGGCGACUGGAGCCUGGAGUGGGUCCUGCGCUACUCCGUCAUCGUCAAGAGCCGGGGCAUCAUUAAGGCCAUGGGGUACCUGUUCAGCGCCAGGAAGGCGGACCUCUAGCACACGCCUGACCGGAAACGACGACGAUGACGACUACGACGACACAUGCAGAUUUGUCUCUCUGUUUUUUUUGGAACGUGGAUGCUGCCAAUCAACUUGAACUGUGGACUCAGUUUACUGUAAAUUAAGCGUAAUGCUGCACAGUUAUCAUCCUAUUUUUACUUCUUUCAAUCCGAACAUGGAGUAUUCAUGAAGGCCUCAAGACACUACUUCACCUUUUCCGCUGAUACAAGUUGCUUUUUCACAUGAUACAAGCGGUCAGGCACCAAAGUUAUACCUCCAAAUGCCAGCCAUCGAUGCUACCAAGACCCCAUGUGACAAAAAGCAGCCGUUAUUUGUGUCAAACUUUAUAAUACGUCUUCUCUAAAUGUAGUUUCAGGAAGUGAAUAUGGCCUUCUAACGUGUACUUUUUACCGCUGGACGACAUCUUUAAGCGUCUUAACUGUUGAAAUGUGAAGUGCCUGGCAGCGGAUCCUCAUUGUCCUCAAACAUGCUUUUGUCGCCAUCUAGCGGUAAAUGUGUAUCAUUACAGUGCGUGAGUCAGGUAUUUUUUUCCAAUAUAAUAAUUUGCAGCAUUUUUGUAAAGCUAAAUGACAAGUCUGAUUUUACUCAUGCAUGUGAAAUUUGCAUUCCUCAAUUCAGAAAAAAAAACAUUCUGAAGUCGAUAUUGUUAUACCAUCGAUAUUGAAAUUUAAUCUCUUUUGUCAUGCUAACAUUUUACUGAUUUGUUGAGCAUUUUUGUGAUUUGGGUUAUUAUGUUAUCUGUGUGUGUUUGUUUUUUUUAACAGCUCCAGUGAUGGUGGAAUGCAUUUUUAUAUUUAUGAAUCAUAAGUGAUAUGAUCUGGAAAGUGACUAAAGAAACUCUCUAUUGUACCGUAAACAUAUAUCUGUAAAUCACAAAUGAGCUUUAU